CUCAACCCCAAACCACCCCAAAACACCUUGAAGCACCAGCGAGGCAGCGAGCGCUGCUCGUGGGCGUUGCUUUUACUAAGCGCAGAUGGGUGAGAAAGCAGCAAUUUUUCAUUGGUUCUGGUUAUGUUUCUUAAGCGUAAAAGCAACACUUUGGCGAGGCUUCUGGCAAAAAGUGCAAUGGUGACUGGGUUGCUCUGGGAUUCUGGAGAAGAGAGGAUGAGUUUUUGGAGUUAGCUCACAUUGUCAAAAAAGUCCCUUGUAAAAGUUUUUAUGCAAACAUGUAUUACGUAUUUUGUUUAUCAACAAUCUCGAAAUUAUAAUUCCAAAAAGCUAUUCUCUAAUUUGUACUUCACCUAUAGUACUCCAUAUGUAAGGAUGAUCCUGUUUUAAUUUAGUGAAAACCGCUUUUUAAGGAUACUUAUCUUCUAUGUUUCUCGGUAUCUACUAAACAAUAACUUUUGGUUUCUAUUUUCGUGUAGAAAUUUUCAUUACACCAAGCUAAGCUUUUAAGUUAUUUUGGAUAAAAUGUGUUGCAGAAACACACAAUGCUUUAGGCAUUGUGCUUUAGAGGUAGGGUUGGGUUUAGGAUUAUUAAUACCUAUAUAUUUUUACAAUGCAACUAUAUCCUCAUUGGACACUACAAGUUUGAAAUAGUUUCUUUAAAAAAUGUAUUCAAAUGGUCCAUCUUCUACAUUUUUGAAAUCAUGUGAAUGAUUUUAUCCAUUUUGUAAUCAUAUGGACAAUGAUGCAUUUGUGUGAGCUAAAUAUAAUAGAUAAAAUUACAUCCCUCUUCUUAAUCUGACACACAUUCUUGAUUUGUGAAUGAGUGAAUGUCUAUUUAGUAUUUCUUUAUUCCACAUCAAUCGCUGAAUUCAGUGUUUAUAACUUGAAAGUGAUUUACAUUCCUGGUUAUCAUGGUUUUCAACAUGUUUUAUAUUAUAAUGAACUAUGAGACCUUUCUGAAGUUCCAUGAAUUUUGCUAUUUUUUUGGAACUGACCAGAAAUGAUAGACAGCUUAUAGUUGCAUAGCAGAGGUGAACUUUGCAAAGGAAUCGAGAUACAAUAUCAUCUGGUUUUCUAUUUUCAAGCAUUUGUUCGAAAUAUACUUGACAAGAUUUGCUCCUUGAAUUGACAUGAUGUGGAAAAUUAAAAUGGUAAGUAGGUUACUGGGCUGAAUGUUGUUUUUAGUUGGUUUGUUAACAGUUUUAUAGAGAAAGCAUUUCAUGGUCUAAUGUCCAUUCCUUGUUGUACACCUCUUUAGGCGAGAUAUCUCCAUCAUUUUAAUAGGAAUUGUUCCUUGAUGCUUAGGUCUAUGUUCUUGUUGCGUGCUUAAUCUGAGCGGGAGUGCUACUGAGAAAUCCUUUUGAUCUUAUAUAAUGGAUGAUUAUUGAAUACUAAUGUCUUGAGUCCUGAUAGACAGUUAGUCGCUAGCUUGCUGGAAGAUAUGGAAGGGGCAAAAGAGGUAAAUCUUUCAAAAGUAGUUGGUGGGUGGUUGUCAUAAGAGCAAAGAGAAGAGUUCUAUAAAAAGAUGGAAGUUGUUGUUGUGGCUAUGAAUCUGUAUUCAUCAUAAUAUAAUGAAUUUGAAUGCGAAGGUGCAGAUGUAAUCAUUUCUCCAGAAGGGCAUGUCUUGACCUUGUGUAAUAUGCUCAUGAAUGACGUUCAAGCUAAAGUUCAAAUCGUUACUGCCGCUAAAGGAAGAUAUGCUUGCACUGUUUUGGCAUUAGAUCCCACUUAUGGCUUAGCCAUUCUGAAAAUUGGUGUAUCAAACUCGACCGCACUCGCGUUUCCUUAUAGUAUGAAUUCUGACCGGUAUAAUCUCAGUAUUGGUGAAGAAAUUUACCUCAUUGGCCAUCCAGAGUAUUUGUUUAAUUCUUUUCCAAUUGGGCACAUUUCAUAUCCAUAUAGAAGCUUUGGCGAAGUACUAAAACCAUUGAAAAAUCCCUUGAAAAAGUUGAAGCUAUCAUUGGAAAAAGAGAAAAAUGAGGGAAGGGGUUCUCGGGAUCGCAGUGCCCCUCCCCUGUUUGUUGUGCUGAUAACCUACAUUUUAGUGAUGUACUUAAGAGUUCAGUUUCAUUUGUCCAAGUGAAUAACGUGCAUGGUGGUGCGCGGGAUGCCAUUCUUUGACCGGCGAGUACAUAUUAUUGAUAUGUACCUUUUUCUUUCCAAUGAUCAAUGUUUUGAGAUCCGUGUAAACUCCAUCAGAUCGUAUGUUGUUUCACAUCUGAGAGAGUAGUUAGUGUAUGUGAUCCUCACGGUUUUAGGUGUUGGCUACUUUUGACUUUUAAAAAUUGACAAUGAUGUAAUUACUCUGACAACUAUUUCUUUGUGCUUCUUUUGUAAUCAAUUAAAAUCUCACACGGGACAUAUAUUAAGCAAUAGCUCUUUUGAGUUAAUAAACUCAAUGGAACAAACAGAAUGAACUUGUGAUCCCCCCGUUUGUUCCAUUGAGUUGAUUAACUCAAAAACGCUAUUGCUUAAUAUAUGUCCCGGGUGAGAAUUCAGUUACUUACAAAAGAAGCACAAAGAAGUAUUUGAUAGAGUAAUUACAUCAUUGCCAAUUUUUAAAAGUCAAAAGUAACCAACGACUGAAACCGUGAGGAUCCCACACACUAACUGACUAACUACUCUCUCAGAUGUGAAGCAACAUACAAUCUGAUGGAGUCUACACGGAUCCCAAAACAUUGAUCAUUGGAAAUGAAAAGAUACAUAUCAAUAAUAUCUCCUCGCCGGUCAAAGAAUGACAUCCCCGCGCACCACCAUGCACAUUAUUCACUUGGACAACUAAAACUGAACUCUUAAGCACAUCACGGAAAUGUAGGGCAUCAGCACAACAAACAAAGGAGGCACUGCGAUCCCGAGAACCCCUUCCCUCAUUUUUCUCUUUUUCCAAUGAUAGCUUCUACUUUUUUAAGGGAUUUUUCAACAAUUUUAGUACUUCGCCAAAGCUUCUAUAUGAAAUGUGCCCAAUUGGAAAAGAAUUGAACAAAUACCCUGGAAGGCCAAUAGGGUAAAUUUCUUCACCAAUUCUGAGAUCAUCCCGGUCAGAAAUCAUAGCAUAAGGAAACGCGAGUGCGGUCGAGUUUGAUACACCAAUUUUCAGAAUGGCUAAGCCAUAAGUGGGAUCCAAUGCCAAAACAGUGCAAGCAUAUCUUUCUUUAUUGGCAGUAACGAUUUGAACUCUAGCUUGAACGUCAUUCAUGAACAUGUCAUUCAAGACAUGCCUUUCUGGAGAAAUGAUUACACCCGCACCUUCGCAAUCAAAUUCAUUAAUUCUGAUGAAUACACAUCCACAACCAAAAUUACAACUUCCAUCUUUCCAUAGAACUCUUAUCUUUGCUCUUGAGACAACUUCCAUCUUUCCAUAGAACUCUUAUCUUUGCUCUUGAGACAACUUCCCAUCAACUAAUUUUGGAAACUUUACCUCUUUUGUCCCUUUCAUAUCUUCUAGCGAGUAGUCGUCUAUCAGGAUUCAAGACAUUGAGUAAUCAUUCAUCAUCUAUCAUUAUAUAAAAUCAAAUAGAUUUUCUCAGCAGUACUCCCGCCCAGUUAAGCACGCAACAAAAACAUAGUCCUAAGCAGCAUGAAACAAUUCCUAUUAAAAUGAUGCAGAUAUCUUGCCCAAAGAGGUGUACAACAAGGAAUGGACAUUAGACCAUGAGAUGAUUUUUCCAUAAAAUUGUUAACAAAACAACAUUCAGCCCAGUAGCCUACUUACCAUUUUAAUUGUCCACAUCAUGUCAAUUCAGAGAGAAAAUCUUCUCAGCUACAUCUCGAACAAAUGCUUGAAUAUAGAAAACCAGAUGAUAUUGUAUAUCGAUUCCUUUGCAAAGUUCACCUCUGGUAUACAACUAUAAACUGUCUCUCAUUUCUGGCCAGUUCCAAAAAAAUAGCAAAUACAUGGAACUUCAGAAAGGUCUCAUAGUUCAUAAUAAUACAAAACAUGUUGAAAAUCAUGAUAACCAGGAAUGUAAAUCACUUUCAAGUUAUAAACAAUGAAUUUAUCGAUUGAUGUAGAAUAAAGAAAUACUAAAUAAACAUUCACAAAUCAAGAAUGACACACAAGAAUGCGUGUCAGAUUAAGAAGAGGGAUGUAAUUUAAUCUAUUAUAUUUAGCUCAUGCAAAUGCAUCAUUGUCCAUAUGAUUACUGUAGAGUACAAAAUGGGUAAAAACAUUCACAUGAUUUCAAAAUUGUAGAAGAUGGGCCAUUUGAAUACAUUUUUUACAGAAACUAUUUCAAACUUGUCGUGUCCAGUGAGGAUAUAGUUGCAUGGUAAAAAUAUAUAGGUAUUAAUAAUCCUAAACCCCACCCCUAAAGCACAAUGCCUAAAGCAUUGUGUGUUUCUGCAGCACAUUUUUUCCAAAAUAACUUAAAAGCUUAGCUUGGUGUAAUGAAAAUUUCUACACGAAAAUAGAAACCAAAAGUUAUUGUUUAGUAGAUACCGAGAAACAUAGAAGAUAAUUAUCCUUAAGAAACGGUUUUCACUGAAUUAAAACAUGAUCAUCCUUACAUGUGGAGUACUAUAGGUGAAGUACAAAUUGUAGAAUAGCUUUUUGGAAUUAUAAUUUUGAGAUUGUUGGUAAACAAAAUAUGUAAUACAUGUUUGCAUAAAAACUUGUUCAACAAAGAAUGAUCUUGUUACAGUAUUUAGUUAGAGGUUGCCUAGUUAUUGUAUCUGAACGUGGAUCUGCCAUCAAUCCAUUGCCCUUCUCAAGCAGCGAGCAGUCAAUCACCAGAAUAUCCUCCAAUGUUUCAUGGGAGGUGCUACACAAUGCACUACUGGCAGUAAAAUUGGAGAAUAAUGCAGCAAUUAGAUAUGUGGCUACUGCGGCAAUUUCAUGGAUUGGAAAGGAAGAGGCUCAGCAUAAUCAAUAAACUCAGAGGAUGCUUUAGAUCUUUCUGCACUAACUUGCCUUUAAACUUUUCAAGUGCGGCAUAAUGACGUCUCAAGGUAGAAUUCCAGUUAUUUUUUAUUGCAUUGUCGGUUCUUCUUGACAAAAGCAUUUCAGCCUGCUGUUCCCGCUGCUGUCAUCCAAAACCAUCGGGUCAUCAUCUUCCUCACACGUCUCGUACCAGUCUUUGCUUCCUCCUCCGCUGGCACCGCUCUCGACAGUGGCAUCCUCAGCCGAGACCAACAGAUCCUCCCUUUUAGUGAAAUACCUACAGGAUGGAAUAGGAGAAGGGUUUUCACCAUCCGCUACCACUGACACGGGCCAGGCAUGUGAGAAUGAAAAGAACUUAGAGGUAAAACAGAGGCCGUGGCUAUGUUGAGUGCCAUGACCCUCCUAUGUGUCCUAGGUCAAAGAAGGUCAUACCAGGACUCAUAAGAAGGAUUAACGGAAUGGAAGAUGAAACAAUGAGGCUGGAGAAAAAUGUUAGGGAACCUAUAAUGAAGAGACCAGAUGCUAUUAAAUCCAAAUGCAAUGAAAAGAUGAUAUUUGGUUUGCUCACACUGGUCAUUGCUUUUGUGAUCUUCAUACGGUAAAAUAAAAUUUUCUGAGAGUUGACAAAUGCUGAUAUCUGCCAUUUCGGUUACGAAAGCUCCGGUUUGGAAGUUUGGAAUUGAAGUUUUACUCAAUGAAGCCUCCAGUUGUAUUUUUAGGUUGUUUGUAACAAGAGUAUGUUUAUUUGGGUUUGUAGUGUCUGGUGCUUUGUUUCAAGUAUUAUGUAUUAUGUAUGUAUAAAAACAAUGUCAAAUUGUAUUAGGUACAAUGACAACUUUUGUGUUAAAAUCUGCAACUUAAUAGUGAAUAAUUGUUUGAAUUAGUUAU